AUGGGAGAGCUACCAGUGGAUAGAGCCUAUGCUCCAGAAGACCAUCACAACAACUUGCUUGCUACUGCAAUUGGAGACUGGCAAUUAGCUAGAGAAUCCAAAAUACAUAGCUAUGGAAAGAGCUUCAACGGAUUCGUUGCACGACUUUUGCCAUAUGAAGCAGAGAAAUUACUAGAGGAGGACAAUGUGUUAUCUGUUUUUCCAAAUACACAGAACAAAUUACACACGACAAGGUCUUGGGAUUUUCUAGGAUUGCCCCUAAAACUUAACAGACACUCUAAUGUGGAGAGUGAUAUCAUCGUGGGUGUGUUAGACACAGGAAUUUCGCUUGAUUGCCCCAGUUUCAACGAUAAGGGGUUUGGGCCUCCCCCACCCUCUUGGAAGGGCAAAUGUGUCACAGGAGCCAAUUUCACAGGAUGCAACAACAAGGUGAUCGGAGCAAAAUACUUCAACCUCCAAAACGCGCCGGAACAGAACCUCAGCCCGGCCGACGAUGACGGCCACGGCACCCACACGUCCUCCACGGCGGCGGGCGUGGUGGUGAGGGGGGCGAGCCUGGACGGAAUAGGCGUGGGCACGGCGCGAGGCGGGGUGUCGCGCGCUCGCAUAGCGAUGUACAAGGUUUGCUGGAGUGACGGGUGCAGCGACAUGGAUCUGCUGGCGGCGUUCGACGAGGCCAUAGACGACGGCGUGAACGUGAUCACGGUGUCGCUGGGAGGGACACCGAGGAAGUUCUUCAGCGACCCCACGGCCAUUGGAUCGUUCCAUGCCAUGAAGAGAGGGAUUCUCACUUCUUGUUCCGCUGGUAACAAUGGCCCUUCCACCAUGACUGUGGAGAAUGUCGCUCCUUGGAUUUUGACUGUUGCUGCUUCCAACACUGAUCGGCAAUUCACCACCGCCGUUCACCUCGCCGACGGCAAGAAAGCUCGGGGAAUGUCCAUUAAUACCUUUACCCCUGAGAAAAAAAUGUACCCAUUGAUUAGUGGAGCCCUUGCUUCCAAAGUUAGCAGAGACGGCUAUGGCAAUGCCAGUGCAUGUGAUCAUGGGAGUCUAAGCCAGGAGAAGGUAAUGGGGAAGAUAGUGUAUUGCCUUGGCACGGGCAACAUGGACUAUAUAAUCAAAGAACUAAAAGGAGCAGGCACCAUCGUUGGUGUUUCAGACCCAAAUGACUACUCCACCAUUCCUGUUAUUCCUGGGGUCUAUAUUGAUGCCAACACUGACGGCAAAGCAAUCGAUCUCUACAUCAAUUCCACCAAGAAUGCUCAAGCUGUUAUACAGAAGACCACAAGUACAAGAGGCCCUGCUCCAUAUGUUGCUUCCUUCUCAUCUAGAGGUCCUCAAUCCAUCACAGUCAACAUCCUAAAGCCAGAUUUGAGUGCUCCUGGAGUGGACAUUCUAGCUGGAUAUUCCAAAUUAGCAACACUAACAGGGGACCCUGCAGACAACCGUCGAAACGUUUUUAAUAUAUUGUCAGGAACAUCUAUGGCAUGCCCCCAUGCUGCUUCUGCUGCUGCAUAUGUCAAAUCCUUCCAUCCUGAUUGGAGUCCUGCUGCAAUCAAAUCUGCUCUCAUGACCACUGCCAUUCCCAUGAGAAUCAAAGAUGCCACAGCAGAACUAGGAUCAGGGUCAGGACAGAUCAACCCGGUGAGUGCAUUGGAUCCUGGCUUACUUUACAACAGUAGCAUGGACUCCUACAUUGCAUUCCUAUGCAAAGAAGGCUACAACAGCAGCAGCAUUGGAAUACUAAUUGGCACCAAGGGACUCAACUGCUCCACCAUUUCCCCUCCACAAGGCACUGAUGGAAUCAACUACCCUUCCAUGCAUACACAGAUUAUCCCUUCCAAUGCCAGCAUUUCCGCGAUCUUUUAUCGGAGUGUGACCAACGUAGGAUCCGGAAACUCGACUUACAAGGCCAAAGUCAGAGCACCUAAGGGCCUUUCCAUUGAGGUCAUCCCAGACACAUUGAAUUUUGGUGGGGUGAACCAAGAGUUGUCCUUCAAGGUGGUGCUGAAGGGGCCUCCAAUGCCUAAGGAGACAAAGAUAUUUUCAGCAUCUCUUGAAUGGAAUGACUCUAAACACAAUGUAAGAAGCCCCAUUGUUGUCUAUAAACCGACCUUUUGAACACAUUACUAAUGUGUUUGGAUACCUCCAAUAAUCAAUUUUGACCCCCGAAAUCAUAUGAUAGAAAAUUGAGAAUGUUGAAGCAACUAUUUGUUUCUUUGUAGCUUAGUAAUUGAGUCCAUGAGUUUCAAUGUUUCAUUUUAGUUUUAUGUAUGUGCAAGUUGGUGAAUGGUGAUUUCCGUUAUUUUUAUGAAAAGAUUUUUAGCUU